AUGUCGCUCUUGCUUAUACACUUGGAAAGGAUGGACGAUUGUGUGGAUGAAAUUGAUGCACAAAGAGUCUUUGGCUAUGCUCUUUAUGAGGAUGGGAAAAACACCAAGUUGUCUUAUCCCUUAGAAAAUUUUGACUCUAAUGUAUAUGGACGACGCUUUCAAAGAAAUAUUGAUCGUGCUAGAAAUGUUAUUGAGUUUAUGAAAAAUAAUGGAUGUUGUCCUAAUGUAUUCAAUUACUUAGCCCUAGUUGAUGGAUUAUGUAAAGCAGGAAAACCGGAAGAUGCAAAAGGGGUUUUGGCUGAGAUGAAGAACUUUGGUUUGAAACCUGAUACGGUUACCUACACUUCUUUGAUCAAUUUUUUCUGUAGGAAUGGGCAAAUUGAUGAGGCUAUAGAGUUGCUUAAAGAAAUGAAGGAAAAUGAAUGCGAGGCUGAUACGGUUACAUUCAAUGUGAUACUCGGAGGCUUGUGCAGAGAAGGUAGAUUUGACGAGGCUUUGGAUACGAUUGAGAAACUCCCACACCAAGGUGUCUAUUUGAACAAAGGUAGUUACAGGAUUGUACUAAACUCGUUAACUCAAAAAUGA